CACGAUGAACCGGAGCGGCGGCAGCCCGUCGGCCGCCGCCAACUACCUGCUCUGCACCAACUGCCGGAAAGUGCUGCGGAAGUGACAACUAGAUGAACAUGAUCCUUUAAUUUCAAAAGUGGCAUGGCAGACUUAAGGGAGGAUAAAAGAAUCAGAGUAUCUCAACCCUUGACAAGAGGACCAAGUGCCUUUAUUCCAGAGAAGGAAGUUGUCCAAGCAAACACAGUGGACGAACGUACUAACUUUCUUGUGGAAGAAUACUCCACAUCUGGCCGUCUGGACAACAUCACGCAGGUCAUGAGUUUACAUACUCAGUACCUGGAGUCUUUCCUGCGGAGCCAGUUCUACAUGUUGCGCAUGGAUGGCCCCCUUCCUCUACCAUACAGGCACUACAUCGCAAUAAUGGCUGCAGCCAGACAUCAGUGUUCUUACUUAAUAAACAUGCAUGUGGAUGAAUUUUUAAAGACUGGAGGUAUUGCUGAAUGGUUGAAUGGUUUGGAAUAUGUACCACAAAGACUGAGAAAUCUUAAUGAAAUAAAUAAGCUGCUAGCACACCGACCCUGGCUGAUUACAAAAGAGCAUAUUCAGAAACUUGUCAAAACUGGAGAAAAUAACUGGUCUCUGCCUGAACUGGUACACGCUGUGGUCCUACUAGCACAUUAUCAUGCUUUGGCAAGCUUUGUUUUUGGCAGUGGCAUCAAUCCAGAGAGAGAUCCAGAAAUCUCCAAUGGAUUCAGGCUAAUAUCAGUCAACAAUUUUUGUGUUUGUGAUCUUGCUAAUGACAACAAUAUAGAAAAUGCAUCUCUUACAGGCAGCAAUUUUGGGAUUGUGGAUUCUCUAAGUGAACUAGAGGCCUUAAUGGAAAGGAUGAAAAGGCUUCAAGAAGAAAGGGAAGAUGAAGAGGCAUCUCAGGAAGAAAUGACCACUCGUUUUGAGAAGGAGAAGAAAGAAAGUCUUUUUGUGGUCUCUGGAGAUAAUUUUCAUUCAUUUCCUCAUUCAGAUUUUGAGGAUGACAUGAUUGUAACAUCUGACGUCUCUCGAUAUAUUGAAGACCCGGGUUUUGGGUAUGAAGAUUUUGCCAGACGAGGAGAAGAGCAUCUGCCAACAUUCCGAGCUCAGGAUUAUACUUGGGAAAAUCAUGGGUUCUCUCUGGUGAAUAGACUUUAUUCUGACAUUGGACAUCUUCUUGAUGAAAAGUUUCGAAUGGUCUACAAUCUCACCUAUAACACUAUGGCCACCCAUGAAGGUGUUGACACAACCAUGCUGCGCAGAGCUUUGUUUAAUUAUGUUCACUGUAUGUUUGGAAUCAGGUAUGAUGACUAUGAUUAUGGAGAAGUUAACCAAUUACUUGAACGAAGCCUGAAGGUUUACAUUAAGACAGUGACCUGCUAUCCUGAGAGAACCACAAAGCGCAUGUACGAUAGUUACUGGCGGCAAUUCAAGCACUCAGAAAAGGUCCAUGUAAAUCUACUCUUAAUGGAAGCCCGGAUGCAAGCUGAACUUCUUUAUGCUCUUCGUGCCAUAACUCGGCAUUUAACCUGAAGUAUCAGCCAGGGAAAUGUCAUAUGCGUGUAAAGACCUUUUCACAUAAGAUAUACAUCAGAAGCUGUUUGUGAUAUAACAUCAAAAAUUAUUCAGUUCUCUAGUGUCAAAAGUUUAGUCGUUUUGUUUUUUUCUUUUUUUGCGGCUGUAAUGUGCAAUGAUGUGUUUUAUUUUUCUUGAUGCUUAACAUUACUAACAAUUGCAAAAAUAAUACUGAGGAGCACUACUUUGCAUUGUUUAUAGUUGGAUUUUUGGAUACUGAUCAUAAAUUACGAACCUGGUUUGUUAAUGCUUAACUUCAGUGCUUUUGGGUUUGUGUUUGUGUAUUUUUUUUUCCUUUCCCUUUUUUUAAAAAAAAAAAAAUAAGGAAAAGCGCUUACAAUCUGUUCAAGCAAUUGUUUUUCAGAUAUUGGAAUUCAGCAAGGAAUGGCCUUCUCUGGCCAUUCUAAAAUUUUCAUGUUGUGUCCUAAAUCUGGUGGAAGAAAGCAUGCGCCGUUGAACCAAGCUGCUCACUGGACACAUGUUUGUGUCCCCAGAAGAUUAUUUGUCAGGCACUGUUGUUUGUUUUGUUUGGUUUGGUUUUUUUCAUUUGUUCAGUUUUUUUUACUGCUAUUGGCGAUAACAUGAAAUGUGAUACAGCCAUUGACCAUAAUUUAAUGUGAAAUUAAUCAUGAUGAAUCCUAUAGCAUGCUACUGAAAUGCCAAAUUUCAGCUAUUUUCUUUCUUUCCUAAAACUGAAGUUUCAGUUUCCAUAUCAGAUGUAAAUAUUAAAAAUGGAAUUAUGUACAAUCCUUUCUAUCACUGACAGUUAUCCUCAGUCAUCUUAAAUAAUCAGUGCUCAUAGUGCUGCUUACACUUCAUUUAGUUGGCGCAUAUGAACCUGUUCCCAUACAAAACUGACCAAAAAUUUUCUUUGCACAUUUUUCUUUUCUCAAAGUUCUUUCUGUAUUACAGUAAGCAAAGGAAGGUUAAUAUGCCUAUUUUUUUUUUCUGUUAGGCUUUUAGAAAUGAUUUUCCAUGACUUUCCUUCAUAUAAUAGGUUAAGCGGUUUUAUUAUUCAAAGUUAAAAAUUGUGUUUCUAUGCAUUAAUGUGAUUGAACAACAACAAAAAGAGUGCAAUAUGUUCAAAAAAAUAAUCAACUAAACUUUGCCCCUGACGUGUCACUGUAGAAGUGUCCUUUUAAACAGAGAGCCAUAAAGAAAUUUUGUUCAAAUUUCUUUAUUGCACAAGGCUUUUUUUCAGUUUUAUCUUACUGGGGUUGAACAAUGUUAUUUUCAUAAUGCCAAAGCAUUUCCUUCCCCAAGAAAAAUCUCUUUGGACAACUGGUUAAAAAAAUGAUAUCAAGUUGUAGGGGAGGAACAGGCAGCCAAAAAGUCACAUUUUUGCAUUGGUUUAUGUUGCUUGAUUAGACUGUCUUCAGAAAGCACAACAUUAUGUGUUUAUAGCUUUAAUUUGUAUUACGUUAAUGAACCAGUGAAGUGCCUAAAGAGAUGCUUACAACUAUCCAGUAGGACACAACUGCACUGCUUCUACACUUUUUGGUUAAUUAAGGGUGACUUGAAUUUUACAGAUGUAUGUUAGUUUUUUGAAAAAAUCAAUUUUUUCAUAGUAAAUAAUAUAGUUAAAAUUUUCUGUUAUAGUUCCCACAGAUAUUUCAUUUUAGACUUGUUAUCCUGUUAUAUAGGACUUUCUUUUUUCUCUCAUAAAGAAUCUUGGACUAGUGUUUUGUUAGAUCAUUUCCCCUUUACAUUUAUCACCUUUUUCUGGUACAGUACAUUAGAUUUCUUUCCUUUAUAUUUUGUUCCAUAUAAGGAAACAAAGAUGACUGUAAACUUAUUAACAUAAGGUGGUUUUGCAUUUUUUGGAUUCCAGGAUCUUGUUUGAAAUCUUCCAUGUGAGGGAAAAAUUACUAAUGUUUUUGAAGACAGGGUGGUUUAUUUCAAGAGAUUAUUUGAAGAACUCAUGCCAGAUCUCUUCCGUUUUGUUUAUUGCAUAUGCCAUGGGUUGAUUUUAUUAAAUAUCACCUUAUAUAGAUAUGUAUUAAAUACAAAGAAAGUAUUUAGGAGAAUGACAAAACACAGAUGGCAACAUAGAUGUGCGUGGGAAUUCCCUAACUUUAGAGCUUUCAAGUUGAGGAUGUCUUUUGUUCUACAUUUUUAAAACUAGAAUCCUUUCAGUUAAUAGCCCUAUAUUUUUGUGCAGGUGAACUGUAUUACAGGAGGAAAAGUGAUUUUUAUACAUAUUGAAAAGGAGGAGAAAUUCUCAUAGAACACCACAUGAGCUUGAGACCAAAAGGAGAAACAAGGUUUAAGAAACUAAAAUGGCCACUUAGUUUUUGAUUUUUAUUUUUUUCCCCAGAAAUAUAAGUAGUUGGAGUUUGGGUUAUGGAAAUAUUAGUGCCUUUAAUAGAUCUGUUUUCUACCAAAUUUUCUUUUUAGCUCAGCAUUAAAUGUCUCAUCAAUAAUCAGGAAAAUAAGUUGACUUGGAACUAGUAUCAAACACAAAACAAUCUUUAUGGACCUCAGUGAACCAGCCUAGAAGAAUUGAUUUUUGAAGGUGCCAGAGCACCUCCAAGAUGCAGCAUGCCCAGCAUCCAGGUUGUGAAUACCGUUUUACAAGUUUGCUGUUAAUUCCUUAUCUGAUGCAAACUUGAAAUUCUGAUGCGGUUUUCCAGGGUGGUAUUUUUUCAGAGUAUUGAAUUUACUAUGUAGUAAUUUAUAUUAUAGCUUUUUAUAUUAAAAUGUGAUAUUUUUAAAAAAAUUAUCUGGCUCAAUUGGUAUACUGAUAUGAUUAUACAAUAUGGUAAUUUACACCUUGGGCUCACAUUGUGCCAAACUUAAAUGUGCAAGUGUGCAUGAAAAAAAAGCACAUGUGAAUGUGAAUUCUUUAAUUUCUUGCUUAUUAUGUUGAAAUUAGUCUAACAAUCCACUAGUGGAUAUGCUUGAAUAAUGUCUGUUUACUUUAGAAUUUCAAGUUUUCCAGCUUCAGUAAUAAUUCUUAAUUUCUCAAAUCACCUUAAGGAAUAUGGAAAUACCCUUCCAUCUGAAAGUAAAUCUGUCCUUUAGCCCACUUGACAGUGGGAGUGGCCAGGCUGGUGCCUCAUUGGACUCUUCAGAGUAGACUUCCUUGGGUGAACUCGUGAUAACUAGGGGAGAUGAGGCUUUUGAGACUGGACUGGUUAUUAUCUUCUUUACCUUUUUGAACUCAGUUCAUUGUCUCAGCUUCAGGAAGAUUUGUCCCUUUGGGGUACUUUUUAAAAAGACGGCUAACAUGGAAUCUAGGGUAUGGCCUUGGCCUUUAACUAUGGUUUUAAAUAGUGUCAGAGCAACACAGGGCUAUUUUUGGAGACAGAAGACUCAAUGUUAAAUUUUAUAUCGAAAUCAUAUAAAAUUUGAACCAGAGCCCCUAUUUUAAUUGUAUUAUUAUGUCUCAUGAAGAUCUUAAAUGCCUCUAAAAGCGAAUUAAUUUUAUUCCAAAGCAACUUUUUCCUUUCUAGCUUAUGAAGUUCUUUUGAUCUAAAAUCUUGAAUUUUUAUGCUGCAGCAAAUUAAAAUUUUCAAUGAACAAUUACAGAUCUGUACUUAAAAUAGUUCACUGUAUUUAGUGAAAAGUACAUGCACACAUGAAGGUAAGAUUAUUUUAAACUAUAUGGACAAUUUAUCAGGGAAAGCAACAAAUUUCAGUGCAAGUUAUAAAAAUGAUUUGCACUGUGAUAGUAAAAUAAGUUUUUCCAUUUGUUUUAAUGUUGUUUUUUAAGACAUUCUGAAUUGUUUUUCUGGAAAGCAAGACCUUAAACACUUCUCUUUCUCAUAGGACAUUUUUUUUUCCUUUUAAACAAAGAGUUGGUCUUGCACAGAGUAUAUAAAUAGUAUAUGAAAUUUUGUUAAUACCAUUUAAUAGCAAACUGAAAGACUUGUGGCUCUUCUGUUCCGAUCAAGUUUAAGUUACACAAUUUGUGUUGAAGCCAGAAUCUAUCCUAGGUGGCCGUGGUCAUAAACUGUGUUUCCCUACUACAUCCCUCUGGAGACUGAGCAUCAAAUUAGGAAGCCUUUCCUCAGAGCAGUACUGUAAUGUGAAUACGUUUAUCUCAGUCAACACACUUAAAUGCCCACCUGUGUGUGGAAUCUAUUUCACUGCUAAUUUGGCUUAGUUAGCAAUGUCUGCUCAGGUGAGACCUAGAACAAAAGGAGCUGGGGUGAAAUGGAUCAUAGAGGUAGAGAGGUUUAUGUCAAGGCAGAGCCCUGUGAGGAAGGAAAAGUUUAUACAGAACACAUGGGACAUCCAGCAGAGUCUGGCUGUCCUCAGCAUGGUACCUUCUAACAUAAAGGAAACAUUUCCCGCAUGGGAGCUCCUACCUGCAACCAGCCCACCCUUUCCGGCCUGCUUUCUCUUCCUCUAAGUGCCUCAACCUCUACAUAUGCACUCUCCUCCCCUUCCUUCAGCCCAUCUGGGUCUGAACACCUUUCACAAUCCAAAUCAAAUAUCACCAGCCACCUGCUGAAAGUCACCAGCAUUUUCUGAGUUACUCUUGCUCCAUCGAUUAAGAAUAUGGUUUUGUCCCAUCUCCCUCUCCAUCCCUUAACCAAUGUAGCUAUAUACAUUGUGACUAACCUUUGCCCUAGACCCCUUACUAGGUGUUACAUAGCAUCAAGUGUAAUCUUGUGCAGCCCAUGUUGUUCUCCCCUUUCCCAGCUGCCAAAAUGUCUUGCUCUCCUCUACCUCAUCCCCAAAGAGCCUAUAAAUUCAGAGUAUCCAACCUUUUCAUGGAUUCACUCUCUGUUGUUCAGUAAUACUACUUCCAUAUUUUAAAUAAAUCAUAAAAGACUUUUGCCUUCUAUCAAAGUAGGAAUCUUUAUAUUUAUACAUGAUACAGAAAUUGAACUAUUUCUACCAUGCAGAAUUUAGCAGUUUGCAGGAUUUUAAAGUGAUUGAACUGCCAUCUUAACUUGAAUCUAUAUUAGGUUAAUGAAUACUGGUGUUAGUCCAAGUUAUUUGAAUGUAGAGUUAAAAUUCUCUUGCGAUCCAGGUUGACCUGUAUCCUUUCAGUGGAACAGGAAAUAUCUGGCAUACAAACCAAGUGGUGUUUCAGACAUUUGUUUUGUUGGUAUUGCUUGGGCCUUGAAACUCAUUUCUAAUAGGACAUUCAGAUGGUCAGACUAGAUCACAAAAGCCCAUUUAAUUUAUAAUAGAGAUAAAAUAUCACAAAAUUGAGAACAUAAGGGUUUGACCAGACUUACCUGUGUUAGACCAAGCCUCUAACCCUCAUUCCUGUCCUAUUCACAUGAGGGGAAAUGUUCUAUGGGAUGAAAAGAAGGGAAUGCAUUGACUUUGUAGUCUUUGUUCCCCUAGCUGCACUUCAGGUAUGUCCAGAAAGUAUCACUAAGGAAGCGGGAGGGUGCAGAGGGGAAAGGCACAGCCGCUCCUCUCCCACCCGUGUGCACAUCGUGGUGGUCAAGAUGUAAAAGAAUGUCAGGUUUCUAACAUGGGCCAUCUUUAUCUGUAGGCGGUUAUCUGACUUGCAGAUGAACCACCUUGUUUAACAAAGUACAGAUUAUUAUGAUGUAUGGUAGUAUUCGGAUGUUUUCCAUUUCGUUCUUGAACAACCCAACCUGACAGCAGUGUCCAACAAAUGCCUUUAAGGGCCCAGGAGUGAAUCGGUGGCCUAGUUAAGAGAGGAGACUUAAUGGACACUGAAGGGAUGGCUUUUUAUUAAAUCGUGUGUCAUGAACUGUUCAUUAUAGGUUUAACCUAAUUAUGACUGUACCCAGUAGAAGUACAGAAUUGAAAAAGAAAAUAAUGUAGAGAGAAAAAGAGAAUGAAUACCUGAUUCUUUUGAAUGCUUGUGGGAAUCUAUGAAAUAAUGCAGUAUACACCAUAAAAUAGCCUUUAGAACAAAUGUCCCAUGUUACAGUUCUUAGGACAACAUCAAACAUUAGUAUAUCUAAAUAUAAUAAGUAUAAUUUUUGGUAUGUAAAUUUUGCUAAAACAGUCUAUUUUCUUGCACCCCUCAAGUUAACCUCUUUUAAAAAAUGAAUGUAUAAUUUCUACAGAAAGACUAUUUAAGAGGGAAAGAGAAUCUCUGGUCUUUAAUGUUAAAAUAUUGUUCAUGAAUCCUGAUCAGUGAAGUGCAGACAUUAUGGUACAGAGUAAAGUUAAUUAUACAUCUUUCUUAUAUUAACCAGUUUUUGCAAAAUUUUGAGUAGCUCUCCCAAGUCUGAUAAAGAAGGAUUAAAAAGUAAAGGAAAAAUAUCAGUUGGGUGGCCAAGAAAUUUCCUUUGUAAUGUAGUGAGAUUUUUUUUUUUCCUUUCUGAUUUCCUCGGGUUCUCUAAAUUAAAAGUUAAAAGUUAAAUGACACCCUGUUUGCCAAGGAAAGUGAUUCUAAACUCUAGUGCAAAUAUUUCCUUUGCAUUCACAUCUUUUCUAAAGAGAAAAUAAGAUUUUCCCCUUCCUCUUUCUCGCCACACUUAACUCUAUUCAACCUGAAAUAACACAAACGUGGAAAGCAAACCACAAGCCAAUCUGGCGAACUUCUCAAUGCUGAUAGACUAGGCACAUGUGCAUGCACAGUCUGAUCAAGGUGAGAAGAACCCUGUCAGGUCAACUUGGAACAUGUCCUUGCUACUCACAUUAGCUCCUUUGAAUCUGAAAAUAACUUUCCUGGUCAUGGAAGAACUGGAUGUAUCCUUUAACUUAUGAAAUAGGAUUUGAACUUGAAAACUUGUUUGUGUUUUUUUUUAAUCCUGAUUUUGCAGGCAGCUACAUGAUGAAUGUAUAUAUUAAGACUUUGUAGCUGAAUUGCACAUGAAAUCAGAUUGCCAACUUCUUGAAUUUCACUUUUAGACAUCAUUUUACCCUUAAGUUGUGAGCGAUAUAUGUAGCAUGCUGUGAAAUGUCUAUUAUAGUUCUUUAAUUCAUCAGUAUUACAGAAUUAUCUUUUGCGUUCUUUGGUACUUUUUAUUCAAUGUAAUCAGAAGCUGUGAUGUUUUGCCUUUGUAGUCCUGUGCUUUGUUACUGUAACUGUUUUUACGAAGCACGUGACUUUGGACUAAUGUAAGGCAGAUGACGUGAUCUUUAAGACUGCUAUAUAUAUCAGUCUCUUACUCUAUAAGAUUUUAAAUUAGAAUAAGCUUUUAUCAAAUAGAUCAUUGAUGCAAUUUAGGAUUCACACAAGUUUCAGUGUCAAAAUAUGGUCUUAUAUUUAUAGUUUCAAUUCUGAAAAUAGGAAACUUAAUAAACAGCCACUUUAAACUUGUUCUGGCAAACCAGACCCUGCUGUAGCUAUAGUCUGAAGUAGUUAACCAUAUAAGCCUCUUCAAUUCUUGAUGCCCUCCACAUGAGUCAGCAGUUAAGGAGCUUACAGAACCCAUGAAAGCUUUUUGUAUGUAUAACUAGGUUUUAUUUUUCUUAUGUUGCUGAUUUUACAAUUCUGACUAAAGCUGACCUGACUGGAUCAGUUUAUGUGUAAUAUUCUAGUGCUUUAAUGCCUCUUUUUUUUUUUUUUUUUUGGAGGGUUGGGUAAUAUUAUUUGAACAGAUGCAGAAGGAACUGUUAGUGAGUCAAGACAAACACAUUUGAAAUAAAGGAACUGUGUGUAUUAACAUGUUAACAACAAUUCAUAACUGCACUUUUUAUGACAUUUUGAAAAUCUAUUUAUAGGUACAGAACAAUGGGUUUUGUUAAACUGUAUCACAUUUAUACUUGCAGAAAUUUAUUUCAUUGUUCUUAGUAGGAAUUUUAUUGGUUCAAUAAAAUUGGCAAAACCGA